AGCCAAAACGGGGGAGGGACUCGUGCCAAAACGAGGGAGGGGCUCGUCUUGCUACGUGUACGUGCGCGAGGCAAUGUACUGCUACUCUCAAUACCUUACUUUCUUUUAUUACAAUACUUUGUUAUUUCGUCAUAUCAUGUCAGUCCACCACUCCUCUGAUGGAAGCAAGCAGAAAGGGGGAGGUUGAAACGGCAAAGUUACUUUUAGAGGAAGGAGCUGACCCUGACCAAGAAAAUAAUGAGAAAUGGACAGCACUAAUGGCAGCAGCAAACAAUGGUCGUGGUGAAAUUGUUGACAUAUUGUUGCGCAGAAAAGCCAACCCUAAUAAGCAGGAUUUUGUGUGUGUUUUAAUCAUUUGUAGGGUUAACCUAAUGGUAUUAUGCCAACUAUAGACCGGGUGGUCUGCUUUGAUGGCGGCUGUAUUCAAACGUCAUGAUGAUAUCGUAAUAAAGUUACUCGAAGGUCGAGCAGCACCCCUAAUCCAGGACAAGCAUGGAGAAACUGCACUUUCCUAUGCCAACAAAAAGAAGAAUGAUGAACUUGUUCAAAAACUACUACAAAAUGGGGCCAAUCCAAAUCUUCCAUGACUGUACAUCAAGACACUGUGUAGUUGACUGUGGCAUUCAUGGGUUUGGGAAUACAACAUAUAGUGUGCAAGAGGGUGAGGCACUCAAUAUCCUUUUCGAACUUAAUGUAAAGGGAAUGACACAGUUCGGCAGUUCUCUUUUCAUACCUGGAAAUGUAACAGUGGAGUAUGCCAGUUCUGAAAGGCCAGUACUGUUCCACCAAAUUUCUUCUUCCAACGCCAUAUCAGUCCAACUGAUCGCGCUGUAUGUGCAGUCAAACAAGAGGAUUACGCUGCGUUUCACACCACAUAAUCCUGACAUUGUCCCUCAGCUUGAGGGUGUAGGAGAGUAUGUGAGAGACACUGCAGUAGUCAAUAUCAUUAACAAUGAAGCUUUAGGUAUGGCUAUGGUGACAAUUGGAUUCACACAGAGAAGUCAGACCGUAUUGGAAGCAAGUGUCUUGCCUGGGCGUGAUCUGCUUCACAUACCUGGCAUUGCAGCAGCAGCUCAAACACCGGCUACCAGGGAUUAUACAGUUGUAUUUGAACACAUUGAACUCAGCAGCACAGCCAUCGUAAAUGGGAUUCCAGUCGAUCCCGGAUUGGAUGCUCUGUUUGGCUUAGGAAGUGGCAGGCCACUCCAGUACCUCAGCCUGCUGAGCUAUAAUAUCACCGCCGUCUGUAGCCAUAAGAAAGGAUUUCGUAAUUGAGGAAUUUAGAGUGCUUCACAAUUCGUAUAUUCAUCGAAGGUGGUGUUCCAUUCAUGUGUAACAACGAGGAUACAGCUUCUAAUUUCUCCUGCACUCACACAAUCUGUAUUGAAGAUGAUGAUGAACCAUUUGAAGUUGCAUUUGUGAAGACAACUACACUGUCGGAACGCUCUGAUAGUGGAGAGACUGAUGCCUGACAGAGACUACUAUGUUCAGUUCCAGACUUUCCAUUCUCAGGGUGGCAAAUUUGAAUUUGUUAUAACCGCCUGGUGACACCACCUAGCUUAUCACUGUUGUGUGUUAUAUAAUA